AUGGAGAAGGUGAGGGUCAGACCUGGGAUAAAGAGUUCCAGUGUAAAGGCAGAGUCCCUUCUCCUGGACUGUGACACCUCAGACAGAGAGAACAACACCUGCCUACCUGGUAAUGCUGUUGGACUCACCUGCUCAGAGCCUGAUGAUGUGAGGCUGGUAGGAGGAGGCAGUCGCUGUGCUGGUGGAGUGGAGUGGUACGACCAGGGAGAGUGGAGGACUGUGGGAGCUGAGGACUGGGAUGUAGCUGCAGUAGUGUGUAGACAACUGGGUUGUGGCUCCACUGUUUCAGUACCACCUGGAAACACCAAUAGAGGGUUUUUAGUUUACUGUUCUGGGUCUGAGUCUUCACUGAGGGAAUGUUCCAGAAGUUAUGAUCUCCAUCCUGGACUCACAGUGAUCUGCUCAGAGUAUGUGCGGCUUGUGGAUGGAGCUGGUCUCUGCUCCGGGAGAGUGGAGGUGAAGUCCAAUCAGUCCUGGGUCUCAGUGUGUGAAGCUGACUUUGACCGGCAGGAUGCAGAGGUAGUCUGUGGGGAGCUUGGCUGUGGGGCUCCUGCAGCUCUACAGGGGGGGCUCUAUGGAGAAGGUGAGGGUCAGACCUGGGAUAAAGAGUUCCAGUGUAAAGGCAAUGAGUCCCUUCUCCUGGACUGUGACACCUCAGACAGAAAAAACAACACCUGCCUAACUGGUAAUGCUGUUGGACUCACCUGCUCAGAGCCUGAUGAUGUGAGGCUGGUUGGAGGAGGCAGUCGCUGUGCUGGUGGAGUGGAGUGGUACAACCAGGGAGAGUGGAGGACUGUGGGAGCUGAUGACUGGAACCAGAGGGAUGUAGCUGCAGUAGUGUGUCGACAGCUGGGUUGUGGCUCCACUGUUUCAGUACCACCUGGAAACACCACUAGAGGGUUCAGAGUUUCCUGUUCUGGGUCUGAGGGCGCACUGAGGGAGUGUAGGAGAAGUUAUGAUCUCCUUCCUGGACUCACAGUGAUCUGCUCAGAUCUCCUGGUCCAGCCUGAUAUCUUCCUGACUGACUCAAUGGGAGGGGUCUCCAGGGGCCACCAGGGGCCCGAGAUGUUCAGGGGCUACAACUUCACCAUCACCUGCUCCACUCAGCCACAGUACCCAGGAGGCUCCUUCCUCCUCACGUUCACCGGCUCCAACAGAACCCAGACCCAGCCAGCUGUCAAUCACUCUGCUGCCUUCCUCUUCCCUGCUGCAGAUGACUCCCACCAAGGGAACUACAGCUGUGUUUAUGAGAAUUAUGUUUUCUCUCACAACUUCUCCUCUGAGAGUGAGCUCCUCUCCCUCGCCAUCACAGCCUCUCCUCUGCCAGCCUUCAUCAUCAGACACGUUGUAGUGCUGCUGAUCCUACUGACAGCCAUCACCACCUCCUACCUGUAUUACAAGCGCACCAGGAGGCAGAAGAGAGUGAACAGGGUGAGCAGCAUGGAUCUUUAUGUCAAUGCCAUGGAGAUGGUCUCUCUGAGCUCCAGAGCUGAAGCUGGACCGGGAGAGGAGAGAGCAGCCCAGGGGACGGAGUAGGAGUAGAAUGAAGCUGACCCUUCAUGCUGAUCUUAGGUCAGUUUUGUGUUUUAAAUCGAUGGUCAGCAGUGGACUGGUGUUUAAAUUGUGGUGACAAACCUUAAGUAUUUCUAAUUUUAAUAACAAUUUAAGAAUAAGUUUAUUUUUCUAGAACCUUGUAAAAAAUCUAAAAGGAGUGACUGCAACCACCAUUAUUCAUUUAGUUUGUUUUUACAACCAGAGAAACAUGGGGUUUUGGGUAACAUGGGGUUUUGGGAAACAUGGGGUUGUGGGUAACAUGGUGUUUUGGGUAACAUGGGGAAUUGGGUAACAUGGGGUUCUGGGUAACAUAGGGUCCAGGGUAACAUGGGGCUUUGGGUAACAUGGGGUUUGGGUCACAUGGGGUUUUGGUAACAUGGGGUUCUAGGUAACAUGGGGUUUUGGGUAACAUGGGGUUUGGGUAACAUGGGGUUUGGGUAACAUGGGGUUUUGGUAACAUGUGGUUUUGGGGUAACAUGGGGUCUUGGUAACAUGUGGUUUUGGGUAACAUGGGGUUUUGGGGUAACAUGGGGUUUUGUAACAUGGGGUUUGGUAACAUUGGGUUUUGGUAACAUGUGGUUUUGGGGUAACAUGGGGUCUUGGUAACAUGGGGUUCUGGGUAACAUGGGGUUCUGGGUAACAUGGGGUUUUGGGUAACAUGGGGUUUUGGGUAACAUGGGGUUUUGGGUAACAUGGGGUUUUGGGUAACAUGGGGUUUUGGGUAACAUGGGGUUUUGGGUAAUAUGGGGUUUGGUAACAUGGGCUUUUGGGGAACACAGGGUUUUGGGUGACAAUCGGGUUUGGGGUAAUAUGGGUUUGGGGUAACAUGGGGAUGGGGUAAU